AGAGCGAUGAGGACAGAAAGAUCAGCAAAGGCAGAAGAGACACCGCACAGUGCGGCGUUCAGGCGAGGAAAGGCAUGACAUGCGGACCGCAGAGAAACCACCACCACGCUGAUCUUCACCGCGAGCUGACAGAAGAGGAGGAAAAACAAGCGGCGUGUCACAUCACUGCGGCACGAGCACAUCGGUCGCCCCCGUGUAGACUACCGAACGCCAAACUACUCUGCUUGUGCAUCUCCGGAUAACAGUUCUCUCUCAACGGACCGGCUCUGCCUGGCUGUGUGGAGCCAUGCCACCCGGUCGUUUUCGAAUCGGUGCCCUGUCAAUGCUGCUCAGUCUUUAUUUUUGUAUGAUUUGGACUGGUGUCAGCGCAGAAACACAAGCGAGUGAGGACGACCCUACACCUCCACCCGCCUCCCUCUCCCCCUCUCCAGCCAUAGAGGACACAGACAGAGACUCACACCAGGUCAGAGGGCCCGCUGCUGGAUUAGGGCCGGCCGCUGUGGCCGCUGGUGAUCUGCUGGAGUCGGUCCUGGCCCAGAAAAAUCGUCUCCUCUCUCAGACGGGGGUGAUGGUGCUGCCCUCAGCUCUGCCCCAAGACUUGCUGCCACUUCUGGGUCGAGGGAUGAGUGCAGGUGGACUGCCUGGAAGUCUCCCUCUGGAUCAGCAGGGCCUGCUGAAGAGGAUACGACCCUCAGCCUCACAGAUCCAUGACAUCGAGCCCCCCCAGCCUGAAAACAAACCGCUUUCCACCUCCUCUGAGCUUGGGACCCACACAUCCACACACACCAUGCCAGCAAAGCAAGAUGAGGUCCCAACUGGAGCCGUGGGCACAGACUUGGACACAGACACACAUUCACCAGCUGUGUCUGGCUGUAUGGUGAAUUUCUCCGACCCGGAGGGAUACAUAGACUCUUCUGAUGACCCCCCUCUCCCAGAUGGAUCAUUUCUUCUCUGUACAUACACUGUUACUGUAUACACUGGGUAUGGAGUUGAGCUUCAGGUAAAGAGCGUAAAUCUGUCAGAGGGAGAGCAGCUGUCAAUCAGAGGGGUGGAUGAGGGCGGGGCUUUGCUAGUCCUGGCCAAUCACACGCUGCUGGUGGAGGGUCAAGUGAUCCGCAGUCCGACCAAUACCAUCUCAGUAUACUACCGCUCCUCGCCUGAUGGGGGCAUGGGCAUGUUCCAGCUGCACUACCAGAUAUUCCGUUUGAGCUGUGCCCUUCCAAGGAGACCUCACUUUGGGGAGGUGUCCGUGCUGGAUCUGCUGCCAGGGGGCACUGCACGAUUCCAUUGCCAAAUGGGCUACCACCUACAGGGGGCAGCAAAACUAAUCUGCCUCAACGCAUCUCUGCCCGUUUGGAGCAGCAAGGAGCCCAGCUGUCGAGCGCUGUGUGGAGGGUCAGUGAAGAACGCCACAGUAGGGAGAAUCCUCUCUCCCUCUCCCCACCCAGGGCCCAAUGCCACCCAGGAUCGUUCCUGCUCUUGGUCCCUGGAGGCUCCGUCUGUACAGAGACUACACCUCCAUCUGGAGAGACUGGCCCUCGGGCCCACUGACAGACUUGUAUUAUGGAGUGGUCUGGAUGCUGGGUCAGUGGUGCUGUUCGACUCAGGGCGGGGCGGCCCAAUACCAUUUGAAGGGGUGAUCAGUGAGGGUCCAGCGGUCAGGGUCCAAUUCAUCACAGACCAACCAAACCACAACACAGGCUUUAAUAUCCGCUACGAGGCUUUUGAGCGCGGUCACUGUUAUGAGCCCUACCUGCAGAAUGGUAACUUCAGCACCAAUGACCCGACCUAUGGGGUUGGAACUGUGGUCCAAUUCAGCUGUGAUCCUGGUCAUUCUCUGGAGCAGGGUCCGCCCGUCAUAGAGUGUAUCAACGCCAGAGACCCCUACUGGAAUGACACUGAACCGCUCUGCAAAGCUUUGUGUGGGGGAGAUCUAGCUGGUUCAGGUGGUGUGAUCCUGUCUCCUAACUGGCCAGAGUGGUAUGGAGAGGGAGAGGACUGUAGCUGGAGGAUCCAUGUAGGGGAGGACAAACGCGUUCUGCUCGACAUACAGCUUUUAAACCUGAGUGACAGUGACAUGUUGACCAUCCUGGACGGUGAUGAGGUCACCACUCGUAUCCUAGGCCAGUACGUAGGUGGGACAGGGCCUUUCAAAAUACAGUCAACGACCCCUGACCUUACAGUGACCUUCCACUCUGACCCCGCUGGCCUUAUCUUUGGGAAGGGAGAGGGCUUCAUCAUCAACUACAUGGAGGUAUCCCGUAACGACUCGUGCCCGGACCUGCCAGAGAUCCAGAACGGUUGGAAGACCACAUCCCAUACUGCUCUGGUGCGGGGUGCUAGAAUCACAUACCAGUGUGACCCAGGGUACGACCUAGUUGGACGUGAGACUCUGACCUGUGAGCUAGAACUCACCUGGAGCACACAGCCUCCCUUCUGUGAAAAGAUAAUGUAUUGUUCAGACCCGGGUCAUGUGGAACAUUCCAGCAGGUCUCUGUCAGACCCUAAACUUCUGGUGGGUACUACCAUCCAGUACAGCUGCUACCCAGGUUUCAUUCUGCAGGGCGGCGCUACUUUGACCUGCUACGGACGAGAGCCAGGCACACCUGUCUGGACCUCUAAACUCCCCCACUGUGUUUCGCAGGAAUCGGUUUCCUGUGAGAAUCCUGGUCUCCCUGACAACGGGUACCAGAUCCUGUCAAAGCGCCUCUACCUGCCUGGCGAGUCACUCACUUUUGUCUGUUACCAAGGGUACGAGCUCAUUGGCGAGGUUGCCAUCAAGUGCAUCCUGGGAAACCCAUCCUUUUGGAGUGGACCACUUCCACUGUGCAGGGCCAACCUUGACUGCUUUGGCAACCAUGCCUUGGAAGUUGCGGAGGCAGUAGGGUCAGGCCUAGACGGAGGUAACAUGGCGUUGGCCAUCUUCAUCCUGGUAAUUCUGCUCUCUGUCCUGCUUGGAGGAGCCUACGUCUAUGUUACACGGUGUCGCUACCACUCAAACCUGAGGUUGCCGCUCAUCUACCCACACCCCUACAGCCAGAUCACAGUGGAGAGUGAGUUUGACAACCCACUCUAUGAGACAGGAGGGGACACCCGAGAAUAUGAGGUAUCAAUAUGAAAGCUACGGGAUUCCCAAAAUGAAGGUCCUAUCCGACCGAACCCCCCCUCCCUACCCCUCCUCCUCAGCCCCGCCCAGGUGAAGGUGAUGUAAAUAUAGAAUGACUAUAGUCCCGCCCCUUCCCCAUUGAUCCCGACCUCCAGUCGAAGAGAGGAGUCAAACAGAGGAAAGACAUGUAGGAAAGGGAUUGGCCGGGAGAGAUUAGGAGAGGAUAAAUUAGAGGAAAGGAGUUACUGUAAAGGAGGGCUGCAGACAUUUGGGGGGGGGGG